GUUUGAAUGACGGAAGUGACGAGAGAUCGGUGCAGGCCGCCGCGCAGGCGUACAAAUGGUUGUUGGGAAGCUGAGCAACCGGGUCUACUGGGGUUUCUUUCUCUGAAUUACAACGCCUGACCCUGGCUUUCGGGUUCCCAGACUUUUUUUAGUUUCAGAUCCUUUUAAUGUAAAUUACACAGAAAUGAAGAGAAAAGUAGUGAAUGCUGGCAAGCUGAGAUUGAGUCCUAAUGAGGAAGCCUUUGUUUUGAGGGAAGAUUAUGAAAGAAGACGAAAACUAAGAUUGCUACAGGUUCGAGAACAAGAAAGGGAUAUUGCCUUACGGAUUAGAGAAGACAUAAAGCAGAGGAGAAAUCAGCAAUUUGCUCGUUUGGCAGAGGAGCUAAGGGCAGAAUGGGAAGAAUCACAAACUCAAAAAAUACAGAACUUGGAAAAACUGUAUUUAGCAAGUUUAAAAAAUAUGGGAGAGGGACAUCGACAGGCCAAAGAAAAUGAACCUGAUUUGGAUGCUCUGGCACGGCAAACAGCAGAAAGGAAGAGAAAAGCAGAAAUGAGGCAUAAAGAGGCCUUGAAAAUGCAGAAAAAUCAAAACGAAAUACUAACGAAACAAAAAAACUGGCGUAUAAAAGCUCGGAAGGAAGCAUUGCUUGUAGAAAAAGAGAGGUCUGCCAAAAUUACAAGUUUGCCUCCUCCUCCUCCUGCUCCUUUUGAGAACAUUGAAGUAAAAAGAAUUUCCUCAGUGAAAACCAGCAGUUCUACCUAUCAUCAUAUUUCCACUUUUGUGAAUAGACAGAUGGAAACAAAGCAGCCAGAUGCUCAUUUGGCUGCUGAAGAAGAAGCUAAACGAUUGGAAGAGCUGCAAAAACAGGCAGCACAAGAGAGACUGGACCAGUUUGAAAAGGCACAUGUACGGGGUUUCCAAGCCAUGAAAAAGAUCCACUUGGCCCAAAAUCAAGAGAAAAUAAUGAAAGAACUGAAACAGCUACAACAAGAAGACCUGGCACGUAGGAAACAGACUGUAGCACAAAUGCCACCCCAUCUAGUUGAACUUCCAUAUAAACGCAGUGAAAUGAAAGAAGACUGGCAGAGAGAGCUGGAAUUCGCAUUUGAAGAUAUGUACAAUGCAGACAGGAAGGUGAAAGGAAACCCGGUCUUGCAUCUUGAACCAGAACCUUUGCCCACUGUGACUGAUCAGACCCAAGAUGAAGAACUGGACCUUUCAAUGGACCAAGAAAAUAUAGGUGAAACUGAGAACCUUCCAGUGACAGAAGCUGAAAUAUGUUCUAAUGAAAUGGACGUUCCCUUGGCAAUAAACACCCAACAGGUCCCUUCAAAAAUUCUUUUUAAAAAGUUAUUAAAUAAGAUUCGAAGCCAAAAAUCUCUCUGGACAAUUAAAUCCAUGUCUGAAGAUGAAAGUGAAAUGAUUACGACUGCUAGUGAAACUGAGAGUAAAGAACAAACAGUUGAAUCUAGAACAAUUGCCAGUGGGGAAAGAACACUAUCCACAGCGCAGGAACAAAUUGUGGAAAGUGAUGUACUGACAAUUGAGUCUGGACCACUUACUAGUGAAGAUAAGCCACUUUCAUGCCACACAGACUCUGGAAAGGAACAAGAAAUAAAUGAGACUCCACCUGUCACAGCUGUAGCUCAGAGUUCAGUUCUACUUCACCCUCAAGAGGAAGCAGUCAGAGUUAGAAUGUCAGCAAGGCAGAAACAGAUAAUGGAAAUAGAAGAGCAGAAGCAAAAGCAGUUGGAAUUACUUGAACAAAUCGAACAACAGAAGUUAAAAUUAGAAACUGAUUGUUUCAGGGCUCAGCUGGAAGAAGAAAAAAGGAAAAAAACUCAACAGACUGGGGUUGACACUGCUCCAGCAUCAUUCCUUGUAAUUUCUGAUGAAGAUAGUCAUAGGCAGAUGAUUCAUAACUACCAACAGCAGCUUCUACAACAAAACAGGUUACACAGGCAAUCUGUUGAAGCAGCCAGAAAACGAUUACUUGAAUAUCAGAUUAUGUUAAAAGGAAGGUACCCAUCAACAUCAGCUACAUCAUUGAUAUCUGAUUCCAUUAUCACAGUACCACCAAAGAAAUCUGAAAAAUCUACUGCUAUAUCACAACAUUGGGAUCAGAGUCAGAGAUUCGAGUUGAAUCCUAACAAAUAUCAACCCAUGCAGAUCUUGAAAUUAAAGCAAGAUCAUAUUCAUGCACCAAGACAAAGUCAGUUUCCACAGAUAGAAACAUCAAGCACUGCAGAUUUUUUAGCCAAGCAGUCUUUGGAGUCCCAAGAACAUCUAAGGCAAUUCUCCCAGAUUGAAACACAAAAGAUAGGCUAUAAAUUAAUCCCUAAAGAUUUACAUACACUUUCAACUGCUUUGUCACAUGAUAGACAGCUACUGUUACAGGACACUAGAAAAAUAUCUGAAACAUUGAGGCCAACAACUUUUCAAGCUGUAGAUUCCCAGCAAAUAGUGGCAGAGGACAGUGAAAAUAUAUCUUCGAAACUAACUGAGCCUUCAUUCCUACCACUGGUACCUGAGAGUUCUUUUACUAUUCUCCCUAGUAAAGUUGAGUCUGGAAAAAUUCAAGAACCCCUUUCAACCAUGAAUAAAAGUGCAGUUUCUGUAAGUCAUUCUGUAAUCAGCCAAAUGCACGAUCGACCUUUUCUAUCCUCAGACACUAUUACAGCCCAGCAAGGUAAUUUGAAGGCUCUUCAAGAACAGUUAGAACUACAGAAGGAAGUUCUUCAGGCAAGACAAGAAGCUCAGGAACAGUUUCUUUUGCGCAAACAGAAAGAAUUGGAAGAGCAGACUGGUCUUUCAGUAUUCUUCCCUCUGGUUGCUCCAGAUUCAUUUGCUUCACUGUCUUCUGCCAAAGCUGAAUCAGGGCGAAUCCCGGAAUCUUCACCAACCAAAAAUGCUCCUUUAGUUUUCUCAGGUCAUGCUGUGGUUCCAGAUCUUCAGGAUAGUCUUUUGAGUUUUUCACAGCCUGUCUUAUCCCAACAAAAUAAUUUUAAAUUUCUCCAAGAACAGUUAAAUAUUCAGAGGGAUAGCCUUCAGGCUAGGCGGGAAGCUCAGGAAAUCUUAUUUGUACAUAAACAGAGUGAAUUGAAUGGAAGAGUAUGUUCCGAACAGGUUGAGCCCUCUUUGCCAUAUCAGGUAGCUCAGCAUACAUUUACUUCACUACCUUUUCCUGGUAGAAAAUCUGAAAAAAUCCAGGAGCAGCAUUUAUCUGGCAGUGAUAAAGGCCUUCUUUCUAGUGGGUCCAAAAUCCCAAAAUCUCAGGAUGGGUCAUCAGGUUUCCUACAGCAGUUUCUACCUCUUCAUGAUAAUUUGAAGUUGCUCCAAGAACAGGUGACUGCACAGAGGGAUGCUCUUCCGGCUAGAUGUGAUGCACAAGUGGAAUUAAUUUCCCAUGGUCAAAGGGAUUUGGGGGACUAUUUGCCUGGGCAGAUAAGUUCUUCAUUCUUACCACUGGUUACUCAACAUUCAGAUGCUUCACAAACUUCUGCUGAUGUUGAACCCAGAAGAUUUGAGAAACUUUGUUCAUCUGAGGAGAAUAUGAUUCCCUCAAGUCAUUUGAUAAUUCCACCAUUUCAAAAGAAGUCUCUUAAUUUCCCACAGCACAGCCUAACCCAGCAAGAACAUUUGACAGCACUCCAGGAACAGUCACACAUACAGAGGGUAAUACUUGGUGCUAGACAAGAAAAUCAGGAAUUUGUACACAAACAAAGUGAAUUGGAAAAAAGGAUUUCAUCUGAACAGACUGGUACCUCUUUGUCUUUAUCCCAGGUAGCUGAAUCUGAAAGAUUCCAGGAGUUUAUAUCAAUCACAAGUGAUGUUAAUGGUUCCUUUAGCCAUUCUAAGAUUCCAAGAUUGCGAGAAAGACUUUCACACCAUGUACUACCUCUGCAAGAUAAUUUGGAAGAACACCAAGAACAGUUAGACACAGAGAAAGAGGUCUUUCAUCUUGGUCAGAAAACCCAAGAAAAUACAUCUUCUGAACAAACUGGUUUGUCUUCAUUUAUACCUCAGUUAAGACAACUAUCAUUUACAUCAUUAGUUUCUGUCAGCUCUAGUACAACCCAGGAACCUCUUUCAACAGAGACUGAUAGUAAAAUUCCUUCAAGCCAUUUUCAGAUUCCAGAGUUGCAGGAUAGGCUUUUGAAGAUGUCACAACUUAUCCAGCCCCAACAAGAUAAUUUGAAGGCACUUCAAGAACAGCUAGCUAGACAGAGGGAGGCCAUCACUCAGUCUAGACAGGAAGCUCAGGAAAAAAUACUUUUACUUAAGCAGAAUGGUUGGAAGGGGAGAAUAUCUUCUGAGCAGGUUGGUACUUUUUCACCCUUAGAAACACAACAUUCGUUUGCUUCAUUGCCUCCUACUGAAUCUGAACAAACCCAAGCACUUUGUCCAUCUGAUAGUGAUGAUACAAUCUCAAGUCAUUCUGAAAUACAGAGAUUGCCUGAUAGGCUGUUGGGUUUAUCACAUCCUGUUUUACCUCAACAAGAUAAUUUGAUUGCACUUCAAGAGCACAUUCAUACACAGACAAAUGCCUUGCCUUCUAUUGAGAAAACUCAGAAAGAAUUAGUAUUGCCCAGACAAUAUAAAUUUGAGGAAAAGGUACCUUCUGAGCAUUUUAUCGAACCUCACUGUGGUGAUUUGAAGGCACUUCAGCAGCAAUUAGAUCUACAAAGGAAAGCCAUCCGAUCUGGACAGGAAGUCCAAGAAGAACUACUUUUGCAAAAAUUAAGUCAGUUGGAGCAAAGGGUAUCAUCUGAGCAGAUUGGCUCCUCUUCACUUCCAUCCCAGGUGGCCUUGCCUGCUGCCCAUUCUGAAAGAAUUAAAAAGUCUUUCUUAACCAAAAGUGAUGAUACUGAGACCCCAGGGUCACAGGGUAGGCCUUCGAGUUUUUCACAGCCUAUUCUGUCUCAGAAAGAUCGUUUGACAGCACAAUUGGAAUUAGACAGGGAAAUGGUGCAUUCUCCAGAGAAACCUCAGGAAGAACUGCUUUUAAACAGACAAAGUAAAUUGGGCAAAAGUGAAUCUGCAGAGUAUGCCGUCCCCUCUUUGUUUCUAUCCAAGGAAAUAGAUCAUUCAUUCAUUCCACUACCUUUUGCGGAAGCUAAAUCUAAAAGCAUUUGUGAAUUGUAUUCAUCUGAAAAUGAAUAUGCUGCUACCUCAAGUGAUUCUAUGAUCCCAAGAUUUCAAGAUAGACUUUUGAGCUACUCACAGCCUGUUUUAGCUCAGCAAGAUAAUACAGGUCUUCAGAAGCAAUUGGAUCUACAAAGGGAAAUUCUACAUUAUAGCCAGAAAGCUCAGGAAGAACUGCACAUACAGAGAAAAACAGCAUUGGAGCAGCAGAUCCAGAAACAUCAAGAGACAUUGAAGGAUUUCUUUAAAGACAACCAGGCAAGCAAGCUAACAGUUCAAAAUGAUUUAAAAACACAGAAGAUGGAGCAGCUCAGAGAGUGGCUUCCUCAUUUGGAAGACCUAGCAAGAGAUGAUCAGGAAAACAUCAGUCAUGCAGAUAGGAGCAACUCUGAUGAUGAUCAGCUGCUUUCAGAAGCUGCUAGUCCCAAGCAGAGUGGUGAGCCUCUGCACAAAGAAGCAGGGAAAAGAGCCUCAAAGCCACCUGUGGCAAAAGUUAAAUGUGGAUUGGAUUUAAAUCAACAUGAACUUAGUGCUAUACAAGAAGUAGAAUCACCUACAAGUGGCAGAACUUCUGUACCAGGUAAACCAGAGUUUUAUCAAGGUAGAGAUCCCUUGAGGGUCUCAGUAAGCCGAGAACAGAGUUUCCUUGGGAGCCCACUGUCCAGUGAUUCAUUUGUUUGUCUUCAACCAACUAUUCAGGAACGCAUCUGUGGUGAUCACUACGAUGAUGAAGCAGUCAAGUUCAAGGAAUUUGACGUUGAGAAUCAUGCUGUGUUAAGUUAUGCCACAGAGGAGGCAGAGCACAUGUGCCUGGGUCCAGCAGUGAGGCCAGAUGAUAAGGCUGAAACACAAGAUAUUUCUCAUGAGCCAUUAUCUUCAAUAUCUGUUUCUACUGGCAGUUUUUUAAGUUAUGAAAACACAAAUUUGAGCCUUACAGAUCCAGAGCCAUUUUCAGAGUAUGUGGACUACCAGGAACAAGAAUCUAUCACCAAUAAAAAAGAGGAAACAGAUAUUUUAAGUUCUGUAGUUCCUUCAACACAAGUUACUUAUCAGCAGCAAAACUCUUCAGAUGUUCAUAACUCUCUGUUGCCUGCAGUGGAAGAAUUUACACCUGGACACUCACACUGUCAACAGAUUAUAGACAAGAACAUAAAUGAACCAACUUGGAUACCUGAGAAAACAGACUUUCAGGUUCCAGCUGUUGACUUUGACUUUCCAGAACUAGAACACAUUUUUCCAAAUUUGCAUCGUCAGCUCUUUAAACCUUUAGAACCACAUCCUGACUUUGAUUUAUCAUCAUCAUCCUCUGGGAUUUCUCAAGACAACAGAAAUUUUUACCAGGGCUCAGAUUCUUCAUCUGAAAGACCCUGUGCUACUGUAUCAUCCAGAAGUACAGUUUCUUUUACAGCACUGGGAAGAACCAGCUUGAAUUCUUUUAACAAAAGCCUGAACCAGCAAUCUGACCCUAAUUUGGCUCAUGCUGUAGUUCAGAGUUUUGCUACAGAAACUAUUGAAGGAUCUGAACAAUCUUUUCAACAACUUCUGCCAGAAUUUUCUUCACAGGAGGUGAGCCAGCACACUGAUCUGCCAAGUAUUUUUAACAUUGAAGCAAGAGAUUCUUUUCAAGACAUGAAAAAUGAGAACUAUCCGUCAGAUCAACAGACUGAAAUACUACAAAAUAAGAAAAGUUCAGCCUGUAGUUCAUCUGAUGAGACUAAUACAUUUGAUCAGUUACGUAUACAGCAUAGCACUCCAUGUGGUUCUACCUCUAGUGAGUGCUCCAUAAAACACCAAUUACGGGUAGAAAGCAAAGAAGAAAGGUUGAGCUUUGAAGACCUGUCGAAAAGAGAGGCUGUUAAAAUUGUACAAAGUCAAGGACUCUCUGAAGAUGAUGAAAAUGAGAGCCAUCGGAUGUUAGCUAUAUAUCCACAUGUAGAAGAAACUGACUCUCAAUUAUGUGUAGGAACAGUAAAGAUGGGAACUUCAGAUCAGACACCACAGUCAUUAAGUACCCAAAAUGAAAAAUAUUUUGAGACUUCAGCUGAAGCUCCAGGAGUCAUAAAAAAGCUACCUCAGCCAACACUGCCUGAGCCCUUUCUAAGUUCUGGAUCAUUUUCAUUACAGAGCUCUAUUCCAUUCUGGGAGACAGAAUCUGGCCAUGGCAUAAUGGAAGAACCAGAACUUACUUUGGUAAGCACCAGUGAUAUCAGUAUUGAUGAAACAGAUUUUGCAAACUUAACCCUUGAAGAAAAGAAAGAGAAUGAGGCAAAAAGCUGUUUUCAGCUGAGUGAAUUUCUGCCCAUUGUGUCAAAAACAGAAACUUCAGUUCAUCCACUUGUAUCAGAACUUUCUGUGGAAAAUUCAACAGGAUCUACAGCCAUACCAGAAAGCUUACAAGAAGCAUUUGUUAAAAGAAAAAAAUCAUUUAUGGAGAGAUCCUACCAGAGGCAGAAAGAAAUAAGGAGUAAAACUCGAGUUUCUGAACAUUCCCAAUUCAAAACAGUUAAGAAGCCAUCUACAGGUUCCUCUAUGAGUAGUCUGAAAGGUGUGAGUAAAGUUAGAGUGUCCCUUCCUGAAGAAAGAAGAAUGGCACAAGCCCUCAUGCAUAAAAGGGCUCUAAGGUUAUACAAUCAGUUAUCUGAAGUAAAACAACAAAAGGAAGAGAAAGCAAAGCAAGAAACUUAUGCCCAAAACAGAGCAAGGGCAGAAGAAUUUCAUAAGAAAACACUAGAGAAACUUCGAGCCAAAAAUAUGUACUGACUUACUACAUACAACACUUGUAAAAAGGCUUUUAUAAAAAGGCUUUUAAAUAAAUAUGACAUUGUGCAAAAAUUAAAUAAAUUUAUUUAAGGAAUUUCACAUGUGAUGCCUUCAGUACUCAUCAAGGUCACUUUAGUGAAGUUCUUUGUCUUCAAAA